CCAGUAGCCACAGUUUUUAAUGUUUUAUUAUUACGUUUUUUAUAAAUUCGUGCGUUACUAAGGUCAAAGAGUUGUAGAUCCUUAUGGUCAAGAAAGGAGUGUGAAUUGUUGAAUUUGUUGUAAAAGUUAUUUCACUCUAUUCUGACUGAUGCAACAACAUGUCAACACAUGUCAAUCGUCCGCUAUUCUGGGUAAUCAGGAGGUACACCCGGGAACAUCUCCGACAAUGUAACGUUUUGAACAAGCGAACACUAGGACGAGUUUCCGGUGCUUCUGUCGGUUACAAACAGCACUCAACGGGAGAUAACACCUGUUAUGUCAACAAUGUACCCACCAUUUGGACCACAGGAGGAGGUGGCAGGGGCAGUGGCUCAGAUCGGACUACUCUCCUCAAGUCAGUCGCUGUUGGGUUGGGACUCGGUAGUGCGGCAGUUCUGCAUUUCAGAGGGGAUGAGGAGAACGUUUGUGAGAGGAGAGCUUUACUUUGUGGUUCGAUCCUAGAACGUGUCUUGUCAACAGCUCACUGUGCCUCCCCUUUCAAACCCGACAGUCCACGAUUCAAGUACAACUUCAUUGCGGAUGUGGUCGAAAAAUCUACGCCCGCUGUCGUGUAUAUUGAAAUCGUCGGCCGGCACCCGUUCUCCGGUCGGGAAGUCCCCAUCUCGAAUGGUUCUGGGUUCAUCAUCAGCAGUGAUGGGCUCAUAGUCACCAAUGCCCAUGUAGUGGCCAAUAAGAGAGGAGUCCGGGUCAAGCUAACCAAUGGGGAGACGUAUAACGCCACUGUUCAAGACGUUGAUCAGGUGGCGGACAUAGCCACUAUAAAAAUAAAUGCCCAGCACCCUCUCCCUACCCUCUCUCUGGGGCUGUCGUCGGAUGUGCGUCAGGGGGAGUUUGUGGUUGCCAUGGGCAGCCCGUUCGCCCUGAGGAACACCAUCACGUCAGGUAUUGUCUCCUCAGUCCAGCGGGGCAGCAAGGAGCUGGGUCUGUCCAAACCCAACAUGGACUAUAUCCAGACAGACGCUGCCAUCGAUUUUGGGAAUUCUGGAGGGCCUCUGAUUAAUCUGGAUGGUGAGGUGAUCGGCAUCAACACCAUGAAGGUGACGGCAGGGAUCUCCUUCGCGAUCCCCUCAGAUCACGUCAAACACUUCCUGAACCAAGCCUCCGACAAGAAGAAGUCUCGGUUGGGGGAGUUGGACACCAAGCGGAGAUACAUCGGCGUCAUGAUGCUGACCCUGACUCCAAGUAUCAUUGCCGAGUUGAAGCUGAGGGAUUCCUCCUUCCCUGACGUCACUCACGGGAUCAUGAUCCACCGGGUCAUCAUGGGCUCUCCAGCCAAUAGGGCAGGUAUGAAGCCAGGUGACAUAGUGCUGGAGAUCAACGGCACCAAGGUGAACACGUCGGAGGAGAUCUACAACGCCGUGAGGACCAGCGACAGCAUCACCAUGGUGAUCAGGAGGGGUCAGGACCUACUCAGGCUACACAUGACCCCAGAGUUCACAGAGUGAUGUCAUCAAACGUUGCCGGUUAGUGGAGCCACAUGAUAUACAGGUAGUGUACGAAGAAGAGGACAGUUGGGACACUGAAGAGGACAGGGAUACUGAAUGAUCACACCCACAACAUGCGUAGAGACAGACUAUCACAUCACUGUCUGUGUGGUUCUACACAUGAGGUAAACCACUGGUUUACUGGAUGUUGGGAUAGAAGUAAUGUGAGAUAUAAGAUGGGCUAUUAACACAGAGUUCGACAUAGCAGCCAACUUUAAAGGCCAGUCCAGACUGACU